AUGAAUGUCGGCCAAGAUUGUGUCUACGUAACAAGACCGUUGUGUGAUGGGAGCUUUUUCGCCAAGGUGGCACAGGGCCCGGAGGAGACUUGGGCGUUAAUUACCCGCCUCACGUCGACGCUGGUCCAUGAGCUGGAGCCUGAGAAGAUGGCGGAGGUGGAGAGGGGGCUGGCUUCAAUAGCAGCCAGGGUGACGGGUACGACGGAUCUGGAGAUGGUCGUGCCCGAGCUCAUCGACCUGCUCGGCGGGGAUAGCAAAGCCCUGCGUGCUCUCAAAAUGGUUGACCAGAGGGUGGUCCUGCUAGGCGUGCAUCACAUGAAGGGGGGCGUGACGAGGGGGCUGGUGACAAAGGACGUGCGGAGUGCAUCGGGUUGGCAGAUCGGGAUGGACGUGUUCGAGCAGUACGUGCAGGUUUACCACAAGCGACGAGAGCAGUCCGUCGAUGACAUGUCGCAAACCGUCGAUGGCGCGGACAACCACUUCGAGCUGGAUUUCGAGGUUCGGGCAACUUUUGACCGAGAGAUGACACAACUCACGGCCGCGGGGCUGCGCGUACAGCGGCUAGUUUGCUCACCGACAAUGCAGCCUGAGAUGAGAGUGCAGCUUGAAUCUCGCAUCCUCGGAGACAUGAUCAUUUUAUGAUCAUGUUGUCGUUGGUGCGAGGUCUAUAAAAUUCUUGCAUGUUGCAAUAGUUGUGUGCACGUUUGUACAAAUGGUAUCGGCUCUGUAGAUAAAAAGCAUAUUAUGCUUUAGAUUGGGUUGCGUUCGUGUAGCUUACGUUUAUUUUCUCGUUAGUUUUCUUUUAGCCCCUUCAUUUACGUAUCCUUUGCUGUGCACUCAAGUCGAAUGGUCUUUCCGAGGGCGUCAUCGUUUUUUUAUUGGCAAGUCCAGCACCCUUCCCAGGCUUCCGGCCAAUCUGGCCGCACCGAGUAUUGUGACUAAAGGUCCGGGGAUUCGCAGUUCUUGGUUUCAUUUGUGGAGGUUUUGGUUAGUGCGUGAGGAAGGGGGAGCGACAUGCAUCGUUGAGACCACGAUGGACCGAACCAUGGAUGGAUGGUUCGGAUGUGUUCCAACACGCCCGACAACGUACAGUGGUAAGGUUGCCGUCAACUAUUCUAGUGGUUUCACCCCCCGUACAGAACUUAUAGUUUCUCCACGCUUGCGCGUACGUGUCGUCUCUCUUGUUCUGAACUUUUUCGUGAUCUGUCCCGUCGCGGGCGAUCAGCAUGGGAAUCAUGCCUGUUCUUGAGUUGAGCACGACGCCACGGUUGGUGCCGU